CUCUGCCUUAUUUCCUUCAUCUGCAAACUCCAUUGAUCUUCUUCUCUCUCUCUAGGGCUUCUUGGAUUCCUCCCCUUUCUCUACUGUCCUUGUUCCAGAAGCUCUCUCUCUCUCUAUAUAUAUAUAUAUAUCGAGUCCUCCAUACCAAGCCAACAUGAGCAAGAAAAUGGUGCUGAAACUGGAAUUGCACGACGAGAGAGCCAGGCAGAAGGCCAUGAUCCAUGUCACCAGACUUUCAGGUAUUGAUUCAAUCUCCAUAGACAUGAAGGACAAGAAAUUGACUCUUACAGGAGACGUAGAUCCAGUUAUUGUUGUGAAAAAAUUGAAAAAGGUUUGUUAUGCAUCUAUAAUCUCUGUUGGUCCAAAGGAGGCUGAGAAGAAGAAGGAAGAGCCAAAGAAGACAGAAGAGAAAAAGAAAGAUUCAGAUGAUGUGUCUGAGCUUGUUAAGGCCUACAAAGCUUACAAUCCUCACAUGACUACGUAUUAUCAUGUAAGAAGUGCGGAGGAGGAUCCUAAUGCCUGUGUUAUUUGCUGAACGAAAAUUUCAAGGAUUUCAGUGGAUAAAAUUUUUAUUCAAAUUAUCUUAAAUGUUGAAAUGGACGCAGAUGAUCCAUGUGGAAUUGUGUGCAUCUAUCUCAUCAUUUGAGAUAACAGUGACAAAAAAAAAAAAAAAAAAAACAAGAUUUGUAAGAUUACAAUUCGUAUAAUUAUUUAUGGUGUGAGUUAGGAUAUUCAAUCAAACUGAAAAUAUGUGAAAAUUAUUCGAGUUUGGUAUGUUCUGUAAUACAUAAAAAAAAAUUGUAGUAAUUUUUCGUGAGUGGAUUAUCUCUUGUUUCACGGGUAAAAGUCCAAAUCGUUGUAG